AUGGGACAGUCUUUCAUCAAAAUGCAGUCCUUGGGCUUCAUCAGGAAAUUCAUACUAGAGGGAAACCUUAAAAAUGGAAUGAGUGUGUCCCAGUCUUUAGUCAAAACACAAACCUUGCAAGUCAUCCAACAGUUCAUAAUAGUGAGUAAUCUUACAAAUGUAAUGAGUGUGGCUAAAACCUCUCAUCAGGGCUCAUACCUCAGUAGGCAUCAGAUAAUCCAUACAGGAGAGAAAUUACAUAAUUGUGAUGUAUGCGGCAAGGUCUUUGGUUAAAAUUCAUACCUUGCAAUUCAUCGGAGAAUUCAUACUGAAGAGAAACCGUACAAACGUAAUGUGUGUGGCAAAACUUUUCAUCAUGGCUUAACUCUCUGGCAUCAUCAGAUAAUCCAUACAGGAUCCAAACCAUAUAAAUGUGAUGUGUGUGGCAGAGUCUUUAAUCGAAAUGCGGUCCUUGCACUUCUUCAGAGAAUUCUUACUGGAGAGAAACCUUACAGAUGUCAUGAGUGUGGCAGGGUCUUUUGUGAGAAGACAACCCUUACAAGGCAUCAAGAAAUUCAUAUUGCAGAGAAACCUUACAAAUGUAAUGCGUGUGCCAAGGUCUUUAGUCAAAAACCCCAACUUCGAAUUCAUUGGAAAAUACAUAACGGAGCAAAUUACAAGAGUAAUGAUUGUGGCAAAGUGUUCAGUCAAAAUGCAAACCUUGUACGUCAUCAGAGAAUUCAUAAUGGUGAGAAGGCUUACAAAUGCAAUGAGUGUGGCAAGGUCUUUCGUCAGAGUUCAGCCCUUCCAAGUCUUCGGAGAAUUCAUAAUGGUGAGCAGUCUUACACAUGUAAUGAGCAUGUCAAAUUCUUCAGUGUGCUUUCAAGCCUGACUUAA